AUGGAGGCGGAGAGCGGCCUGCAGGGCCCUGGGGAGCGCUGGGCGCCGGUAGGCGCCGUGUCGGCCGCUGUGGCGGAGGAGGAAGAGGAGGCCGAGGAAGAAGAGGAGGAGACGGCCGCGGCGGCAGCGGGCGGGUCGCCGCGGUCGGUGCCGCGGCUGCGGGCGGAGCGGCGGCGGCUGCACGAGGCGCUGCUGGCUCUGGCCUCGCACUUCGCGCAGGUUCAGUUCCGGCUGCGGCAGGUGGCGCGGGCCGGGCCGGCCGAGCAGCAGCGGCUGCUGCGCGAGCUGGAGGAUUUCGCCUUCCGCGGCUGUCCGGCGCCGCUGCCGCACGGCCUGGGCGGCGCGCCGAGCGAGCAAGAGAAGCAGGAACGAAUUGAGGUCCAGAAGGAAAAGCAGAGAGAGCUGAUCCUGCAGCUCAAGACACAGCUGGAUGACUUGGAGACUUUUGCUUACCAGGAGGGCAGCUAUGAUUCUCUGCCACAGUCUGUGGUCAUGGAAAGACAGCGGAUGAUUAUAGAUGAGUUAAUAAAGAAGCUGGACAUGGACUUGAAUGAAGAUAUUGCAACGCUCUCUCCAGAGGAGCUGCGGCARCGUGUGGACACCGCGAUAGCACAAAUUGUUAAUCCGGCCAGAGUGAAGGAGCAGCUGGUGGAACAACUCAAGACGCAAAUAAGGGAUCUUGAAAUGUUCAUCAACUUCAUUCAGGAUGAAGUUGGGAGCCCUAGUAAGGCGGAAGAUGGACACUGCGAUUGUUCAGGCAGUGGCUCCUACAAAGCAAAUUCACGAUCUUCUGGAAAUAGAGUGAAUCCAGAAGAUGCCAGAAAGAUGCGAGAAACUGGCCUGCACCUCAUGCGUCGCAUGCUUGCUGUGCUGCAGAUAUUUGCAGUGAGUCAGUUUGGUUGUGCUGCUGGUCAGAUUCCUCGUACGCUCUGGCAGAAGGAUCAGGCCAACAAGGACUAUUCCCCCUUGAUCAAGAAACUGGAGGUGUCCGUGGAGCGAGUGAGACAGCUGGCAACAAAACAGCAGCAGGAAGAUCACGUUAUCAGCUACUCCAGCAUGCAGGACAUUCCCUUAGGAGGGAGGGAUGAGCUGACUCUCGCUGUGCGGAAGGAGCUGACCAUCGCUCUGCGAGACCUCAUGGCUCACGGGCUCUACGCCUCCUCUCAAGGCAUGAGCCUGGUGCUGGCGCCCAUCGCGUGCUUAAUUCCUGCAUUCACCUCAUCACCGCAGACCAUGCACCCUUGGGAACUCUUUGUCAAGUACUACAACGCUAAGAACGGACAGGCCUUCGUGGAAUCUCCAGCUCGAAAGCUCUCUCAGUCCUUUGCGUUGCCUGUGACAGGAGGAGUUGCUGUUACCCCUAAGCAGAGCCUGUUGACAGCGAUUCACACRGUCCUCACCGAGCACGAUCCUUUCAAGCGCAGCGCAGACUCUGAACUGAAGGCCCUCGUGUGCAUGGCAUUAAACGAGCAGCGUUUGGUCUCCUGGGUAAACUUGAUCUGCAAAUCUGGAGCUCUGGUGCAAUCUCACUACCAGCCAUGGAGCUACAUGGCAAACACGGGCUUUGAGAGUGCGCUCAACAUUCUCAGUCGCCUGAGCAACUUGAAGUUCAACCUCCCGGUUGAUCUGGCUGUCCGGCAGCUGAAAAACAUCAAAGAUGCUUUUUAAUGUGUUUUUAUUAAGAUCAUCCACUUUCCUUAAGUACGCAGCUGCUGGGCUCAAGAAGUCUGGCGUUUUUAAAAAACAGUUUUGGCUCUUUGAAAUUUGCAUUUGCUUUGGGGAUAAUCUUACAGUGAUACUGGAAAUCUGUGUUUUAAAAGGCUGCCCAUGCAAAAAUGCUGGAGGUUGGGGACUGCCCAUCAUCUCUCCUUGUCCUGUUUCUGCAACUCUGAAUAGCAAAAUUGCUUCACUGAUCAGCAGAUGUCCCUAAGUGCUGAAU